AUGAGUGCUAAUACGACGAGUAAGAUGGAGCAGAGACUUGCACUCCUCGGAGAGGCAGAAUCCGAGCACGCCUACCCAGCAGGCUCGGAAGAUGGCAACAGCGAUCACACAUUGUCGCCAUCUUUGUGCGACGAUGAGAAGCUUGACGAUAAUGAGCACCUGCGUUCCAUCAGGAAGUGGCAGUACAUAGGUAUUUAUAUCGGGCUAGCCUUUUUAUUCGUUAUAUUUGGUAUAGGCUGGAUUCUCAGUACAAGAUUUUCUUUCGGUUCAUCUUCAGCCCAGUUUGUAAACAUGGGAGAAUGCGGCCGUACACCGCAAGAAGCCCGAGAUAGUGGGUGUGUCUUCGAUCUUAUGAUGUCCGGUUGGGUGCAUCCUCCUUGUUACGACCAAGAACUGUCCGACGAGUUUUUACUGGUCAACAAUUUCACCUUCUACAGAGAACGAGAAGGUAUAAAUACCCUGACGGAAGCUGAGGCUCGCCUGGGAAAUUACGAGGUCAUAUACAGUCAUGGAACUUUCCACUAUCAGCAUUGCGCCUACAUCUGGGCCAAGCAAAUCCGUGCGAAUAGAAAGUCGCCCCUUGUUCUGGACAGUGUAUCACGUUCAAAAGAGCACGUUGAGCACUGCUACAAUCGGGUCGGGAGCCCGAACGCUACUCAGCUCCAACUCGCAACUGGGACGAAGAUAAAGAGAUCGGCAUUCAGGCUUAGAUGUAUAAUUGGCGAGAUGGAAGUCCCUUGA